AUGGGGAAACACCAGCCUCGAAAGUGGCGUCAAACCGAGUCUCCCCUAUCAUUUGCGAGAAGAGCAUCUAGACGACAUCCGGACGACCAAUAUCGGACGAAAAUGGACAGCACACAGGGUGAGAUUGAUACUCGCCUACCGUAUCGAAAAGGAUGGCCCAAACCUCUGCCAAUCCUGCCUCUCAGUUCUAAAGCUGUAUCUCCUCGUGAGCUACCAGACCUUCUACCCAAUAAGGAGGAAAUAAAGGGCUUUCUCAAACUCCAUGGGGUUGAAUUUCAGUUUUGGUCCCGAUGUAGGCGUUUCAAUGAUGGGCAACACCCGGAUCAUGAAGAUAUUACCUUGGUCAUUCAUUGCACGGGCUUGGAAAACUUCUCGGUCGCGGCCCUUGAGGAGCUUCGUCUCCAAUUCCACAAUAGAGGAUGGCGGUAUCGGGUAGAGUUUAUCGACGACGAUCAAGCCAACGCACCGCUGCACUGCAUCUGUCCAGAUGACCCGAUAGUACAGGAGUGGGAAGAAAUUCACGAGCAACGAGUGCUACGCAUGAUCGCUGAUUUAGAGUGGCAGACGGUGAAUGUUUUCCGCUGUGGAACGGCAGUUGAAGAGGGCGAGUGUCCCAUCACCGUGAUAAUUAGUGCCUGGGAUGCAGCAAGUGAUGUGUGGUGGGAUCACAUCCUCCCCAGCAUCAUACUAAAUGUGAGCUGCAAGUCCGAUUACUUCAGGCACCGCCGAUGCAAGCUACUAUCUCCUCAAAGUGUCGUCAGUGACUCCGACACCAACGCUUGGUUAAGCUCCAUUGAGGGUACCAUAGCACUGCUUGAAACCUUGAUUGACGGGGACCCAGAGAGGAGGGGACUGGGAGACACAUCGAAGGCGGGAUUCCGUAAAAUCCUUAAUCUAAUCGAUUGUCAACGGAACAAUGAUGCCGCAAUCCGAACCUCGAGGCGAGAAGCAGGGUCAAUCAUUGCGACUUCGGGGCAGCGGACCCUGGAGCUCGAUGGCCGUGACUGGUGGGUGGACUGGGCAUUGGUUCGCCUUCCGGAGCGUCGCGGUAGAGACGCUACAAUCCUAACACAUAGGAAGAUCUCUGAAGAGGUGGGGAUCCAAUGGUCGUCAAAGCCGUUGAGGGAGCAAAAUCUGGUGUUUAAGCAAGGAAGUGCAACGGGGUAUACGCAAGGCCGCAUAAACGGAAUCAAGCCAAUCAUAAGCAUGAAAGUCGAGCAAGGACAAGCGCAAAACAGCGAUUCAUUCCUGGUGCAGGGCUCUGCCUGGGCAAUCAUCGGUUCGUCCGACGAGGGGGCCGGCACAGCAUUUUCAAGGCCAGGAGAUUCAGGUUCCCUUAUCUUGGACUCCUAUAAUCGAAUUAUUGGCCUGCUCUUUGCCUCUGAGAAGUUGAUAUCGUAUUUCAUCCCCUUCGCUACGGUUGUGGAGGAUAUUAAACGAGCGACUGGUGGGCGCGUCCUGACCCCCACGGAGGAUAUCGCGAGUAUUGACAGCGCAGACGCGGACCAUGAGGACGACGAUUAA